AUGUUUCUACGGGAACCGUACAAGGGCCCAACGCGAAAGCUAGUGCUUGCAUUUGAUGUUGGGACCACGUUCAGUGGUGUCUCGUAUUGUAUGCUAGACCCAGGUGAGGUGCCUGUAAUUCGAGGAGUAUCAAGAUAUCCUGCGCAAGAGGGUGUCGGAGGUGACUCCAAAAUACCAUCAAUUCUCUACUACGACCUUCAGGGAGACGUCCGCGCUGUGGGUGCUGAAGCUCUACAAGAGCAUGUCAUCGAACAAGCAGAAGACGAGGGAUGGGUGAGGCUCGCAUGGUGGAAACUUCAUCUUCGCGCCAAGCAUCUGCCAUCGUCUCACAUACGGGAUAUCGAUAUAGAACCUCUCCCACAAGGCAAAUCCGCAGUAGAGGUCCUCGCCGACUUCAUGCGCUACCUCUUCCAAUGCGCUCGAACUUAUAUCCAGGAAUCACAUCUCAAUUUCUGGAGAUCAGUCGAGAACUCCAUUGAGUUCGUGCUCACACAUCCGAACGGUUGGGAAGGUCAACAACAACAACAAAUUAGACGUGCUGUCGAGCUCGCUGGCCUGAUUUCAUCUAAGGAGGAGCAAUCGCACGUGCACCUCUUGACUGAGGGCGAAGCGAGUCUUCAUUUCUGUGUUACCAACGUGAUUGCAUCAGAUACAUUCUCCAAGACCCCUUUGGAUGUGUCAGAUUACUCCGAUGAUGAGGAAGAUCAAUCUGACAGCCAGGGAGUCAUUGUUGAGAUUGCCCCAGCUGAAUGUUCCCUGCAAGGCUCAGUCUUUGUUACUAGUCGUGCUCGUACUCUUUUACAAAAGAAACUUUCGGGCUCGAAGCACUACUCUGACCCCAAGAUCGUCGCACAAAUGGCGGACAUCUUUGACAAAAGCACGAAACUUCGGUUCCGUAAGCCUGAUGAACCAUCUUACAUCAAGUUUGGUACCAUCCGCGACAAGGAUCUGAAGUAUGAUAUUCGAUCAGGGCAAUUAAAAUUGGCUGGCCAGGACGUUGCAGACUUGUUUGAACCAUCCAUCGAAGCUAUCAUCGAGGCUUUUGAGCAGCAGAGACGCGUGGCUUCGACUCCAAUUAGUUUGGUUUGUUUGGUUGGCGGUUUCGCUGCCAGCGACUGGCUGUUUGCGAGACUCCGGGAAUAUCUUCUACCUCUAGGCAUCAGCUUCUGUCGCCCUGAUGCCCAUGUCAACAAGGCUGUGGCUGAUGGGGCAGUUUCGUUCUAUAUUGACCACCUAGUAUCAUCUCGAGUUGCACGUGCCACUUAUGGCGUUGAAUGCUUCAUUCCGUACCACUCUGGAGAUCCUGAACACCAGGUCCGACUACAUAAAAGCUUCAUCGAUCCCACCGGCGAACUGUGUAUCCCCGAAUAUUUUGAGAGUAUUUUGCUGAAGUAUCUGAGCGGCGCGAAUUCCGGAAAUCCUUCCAAAAAAUCCGAAAAAACGCUUGCUGGAUGCAAGAGUCAUGACUCGGAAUUAUUGUGCUACCAGGGUGCCCUCCGGGAGCCGGAGUGGUUAGACAGUGAUCGAUCUUCAUUCACCACGCUAUGCACAAUCACUGCCGACCUCAGCGAGGUAUCCAAAACACUGCGUCCCCUAAAAUCAACUUUAGAUCAAUCGAAGUAUUAUAAGAUUGAAUACGACGUUGUCAUUCUAUUCGGCCACACAGAACUGAAAGCACAAAUUUGUUGGAAGUAUAAGGUUCGCCUCUCGUUCUCGUCUAUCUACUUCCUCGCUGAUUGA